CUCCCUCUCUCUCUCUCUCUCUCUCUCUCUAUGAUGUAGGACCAAUGUUUAAUUAAUUCUUUUUUUUUUUUAGUCAUCAAGAUACUCCGUCUAUUGUUACUUGGGGUAAACAUUCAAGCAAUGGUAGUGCCAUUUAUAUCAGUGCCGCAUCAACCACCACCUCAUCUAGUCGAUCUUUUAUGGCUAUGUCUGCAACUACAGGUUCCCGUAUACAUAUGAUUGCUGGUACUUUGAAUGAAAAAGUGGACACAGAUGCUCGACAAAGUCUUUUUGAUCAAUACAUCAACGGUACUAUAUCCCAACAAUCAUCACCGUCUAUUACAUCACUUGCGAAUUCUCCCAACAACAAUACUAGUAACAACAACAACUCAAAUAGCGUUGAAGAUAAUAUCACAUCAUCAGAUACCAAGCUAACCGAAGUGGAAAUUCUGGCUGUGAAGGAAGCCGCAAAACAAUGCUUUAUGUCAUUUGACGGGAAAAUGAUUAUUGAAAGUGAAAGCGAUCGAUUGGAAUAUUUACAAGAACACUGUCAUGGUCUCAGUCCAUCCUCUCUUAGUAUUGCAGCGGAUUAUUUCAAACAAGAAUUGGAAAAAGUGCGCAAUAAAACCAAAAAACAGUUACUUCGAUUCCAAAACUACAACACAGAGAAAUGGGAUCAACCAAUUGGAAGGGUGUGCUACUUGAUAUUAGGAAAAAGUCGAUGGGAAAAGCUAUCUGAUAGAGAAAAGAUACUGAUCACUGGAAAAUAUGCUUUUUUACGCAAACAUUUAGAGGAUCUGAAAAAACGAAACGCUAAAAUCAAAUGGGAUAAGCUUCAGGAUCAAUUUGAACGUACUGUCAAUGCUCAUGGACCUGACAACUGGGACUUGUUUUGCGGUUACUGGCUUUCCUUGGAUCAAGAAAGGUAUGAACGAAGAAAAGAAUGGGAAUCAUCGUCUUCUAAAGCCCCAGCACCUGCCACUGUAUCAAAUCCUCCAAUCUAUUCCUCUUCAUCUCUUCCUGUUGGAGAUAUCAAUGCUGAUCCGACUUCUACAGCUCUACUAGACUAUAACGAUCUCCAAUUCCUCAAUCAUCAUCAUCAUCAUCAACAACAGCAACAACAAAUUCAUCAUCUUAUUUAGUUUUAGUUUAUUGAUCUAUUUAUUCAUUUAUCUAUUAUAUCAUUUUGUUUUUUAGUGCAUAUGUGAUUAUUCAUUUGUCCUCAAAUAAUAAAAAAAAUAUACCUCUU